CUGGGGGGAUCACUGCUUUCAUCUCUCCACCUCCUUCCCCAGCGGCUUUCCAAAGCUCCUCACGGAUGCCAAGGAAAUGGGGAGCUUGGGAAAAGAGCUGAGAGCAAACUGGCUGUGCUCUGUGCUCAGGAUAACCUACCUCCUGUACUGGCUCACCCCCUUCUCUCUACAGCCUCCUCCGUGCCGAGCCCAUGACGCGGCCCUGGGCAAGGUCCAAGGUGCAGCUGAGGAGGUAAGGCUGGCAGCCCGCUGCAGAAUGAAGCGUCUCUUCCUCCUCCUCUGUGUCCUGCAGCUCCUCGCCAGUGUCAUUGCCGUGUACAAGCAGUGGAUCCCCAACACUAAUUUUGAAACGGCCUCCAACUGGGAUGCAGGCAGAGUCCCCUGCGCCAGGGAUCUGGUCCGGUUUUGGAGGAACAAGGUCGUCUCAGUCUUUGUCAGUUCUCCUCAUGCACUCACUGACAUGGUAAGGCAGCAUCUGGCGCCAUGGGAAGGCUCAGCUACCUCCCACCUAGGACCCACUGUGCUCUCUCAUCACCAGUACCUGCCCCUGAAUGGAGAAUUCGUGCUGGCAUCUGGUGCAGGAUUUGCAGCUUUCGAUGGCAGCUGGGAUCCAGGCUGUGACUCAGGUGCAACAGUCAGGUUUGCCGACGCUGAGCACCACACGUGGUUUGACCCCACCUUGUGGCAGGCGGUGUCCCACGGUGUGGUGCCGGAGGCAAACAGGCACAUCUUCUCCGUGGACGAGGAGCGGGUCCCGUGCCAGUACGACGAUGUUAUCUUCCAGCCCGAAACCUCCUUCCGGAUAAACAUCGACUCAUCGCAGCAAGUGAUUCAUCUCCAUAGCAUCUCUCUCAUGGGACAGGAGUUCAGCAGCCCCGAGGCCUGGGAGGAGUACGUGCAGGGUCCCUCUGCCCCGCUGCAGUUUCACGGCAAUGGCACUCUGCAGGUGACAGGCACCCGCUGUCCGGACAAGUCUGGCUGUGCCUGCGGGAACGCCCCGGAUGGCCAUCGCAUUUGUGCAGCCCUGCUCAGGGCGUCGGGGAGUCAGUGCCCGGUGCCAACCUGCCAGAACCCUUUGCAGCCUCUUGGCCACUGCUGCAAGGUCUGCGGAGCCAUCAUUAACCUGGAUUUCACUCCUGAUUUUGACCUGCAGAAGUACCAGGAUAGAUUGCUGCAAGUCUUGCUGAGCCAGCCCAAGUACGGCAGCGUGCGGAUGGCCAUAUCCAAGGUGCACAAAGCACAGACCUUCCUGGGAGUCAUACCCCGAAGCUCCACUCCUCUCAUCCAAAUUGUGCUGGUUGAUGAUGGGGCAGGAGCGCAGACUGGCACCACUGUGGAGCAGCUGGCAGCAGGCAUCAUGGAGGACGUAGCACAGCAUGGUGAAGCACUUGGCAUUUCAAAUGGCAAAAUGGAGGUGUCCACCAGUGACACUUCCAGUGGGCAAGCUGGAAGCCACAUUUCGAGCAGGAUCACAGCGGGAACAAUCAUGGGAUUGCUUUUUGGUCUCUUGCUCCUUGGAGGGAUCCUCAUUCUCUACAGAAAGGGAAACCUAAGGUUGCCUGUCCUGCGCUUCCCGCGGCUCUGGGCCAGAAUGGUGGAGCUGGAGUCCUCUGAGCCGGACAGUGACAAAGGCUUCGACAAUCCCAUGUUUGAUGUGGAACCACCAAGCACAGAACCUGGAGAGGAGACACUGCAGAAGAACGCUCCUAAAGACGCCCAAAUCUUUUACAUCAACCCUCUGUAUGAUGCAGGCAAGAUGGAGACCUGAUGGCAUGGUCUCAUGCUAGAGGCAGCCACCAUCUCUCUGGGGACACUUUUGCCUCCCCAGCUCUCACAGCCCCUCACAUUAAUUCUGAUAGAUUUAAACCAGAAACAGAUCCUGUUCAAAUAAAAGUGACCACAUGGUGAAGAAAGCCACAGCAAGUCUUUAUUGCUGGGGCACUCUGGUGUUGUUUCUGGGGCUUAGGCUGUGUUUUGUAGAUGCCAGUCAUUUUCAGACAGUUCAGGAUUGAAAUUUGAGUCUCGGGUGGUACCUGGAGAAGCUGAGGUCUCACUCAGCACUCUGUGCUGUAGCCAGCACUGUGCUGGAUUUGCCCAGGGCAUGCAGCAGGUUGAUGGAUGUAUCCAUGGAU